AUGAGCGAGCUUAAUCUGAAACGCUUCUACAAGCGCCGCUGCCAGCAGACCAUAAAGGAUCACAGCAACACUGACGGGCAUCGCGAGAAGCCAUCCGAUGAGCUCACAGUCUUCAAGGUCGACGAAGACGAAAGCGACGAGGAAAUGCUGGACGACGGCGAAGUCAACCUGAACAACCACUGGCUCCAAAACUCCGAUGGCGCUGAAGAUGGCGAAACCACCGAGGAAGACGAGGCCGCGUCCAACCCAGAGCAAGUCCACCAGGCCUUCAAACACCUGACAUCGCAACGAGCUGACAAGAACAGCAUCUACCAACCCUCCAACCUCCUCGCGUACAACAUCGUCGCCCCCGGCGCCGUCAAAACCGACACCGAGAUCCGCGGCAUGGAAAACCUCAGCGAAACCCUAACCAACGCCAUCCUGAACAAGCAGUACCGAUACGCCCGCGCCCUCAUCGAACAAGCCAACAGGCUCAACAACCGCGGCCACGCAAACAUCGUCCUGAACGCCGCCCUCGACGCCGCAACGCAACUCAACGACGUCGUCUUCGUCCGGCUGAUCCUAUCCCUCGAAACAAACACCGGCAUCGACUUCCUCGAACUCCCCAUCUACACCGCAACCACAAACAACAACACCGAGAUCCUCUCCCUCCUAAUCCCGCGCCUCACACACACGCGCGACAAAACCGAAAUCACAAUCUCACACCUCUUCGCAGCCCCCACCCCCUUCACAGCCAGCGCCUCAACCGCCCAAAUCAAAGCCCACCACGCCCUGCACCGCGCCAGCCUCGUCGCGCAAUCCUUCCAGCACGCCUCGGCAAAGAAAUACGGCAUGGUGAAAGCCCUGCUCUUCGAGCCCAUCAGCGCCGCCCUGGCAAACCAAUACACAGACGGAUCCGACACGGUCGACGUGCUCGAGAAUCUCGCGAAACACGUCUACGCUACCACCUUCACGCGCGAGCAAUGCCUCCAUCUCCUCUGUGAGCCCCGCCUCCCGCGCCUCCUCCGCUUCGUCAUCCGGGACGUCCUCGAAAACACCACCCCCAAGCUCUCUGCUAUCCUCACCGGCCGUCCCGUCCGCGAGUACCCCGUGCACUGGGACGUGCUGGCCCACCAUAGCCGGUUCUUUGCGCUCCUUGGCCGCAUUGCGGGUGUGCCGUUGCGGACGCCGGAGGGUGUGGACCAUAAGAUUAUGCGUGUUCUUCUGGAGUACAUGUACACCGGUGAGAUUGACCUUGGGAUGAUUGGGGUUGGGGCCCAGGGUAGAGAGGACCUUUAUGAUCUUUGGGAUGCCGCGGAGCCCGAGGUCUUGGAUAUGCCGGGCGUGAGGGUUCUGGUUGCUCAGAUGCUGGGGGUAUUUGGGGAUGCAGAGGAGAUUGCCGAUGGCGCUCAGGUUUAG